AAUUAUGGAGAGGUAGCCGUCUCCUUCAGCACUGCCUCAUUACUCUUCCACACUCUACCUUGAUAACUUGCCCCUUGAUUCUUCAUCCUUAGUCCACAACCACAGAGAGGUCAUGGGAAAUGCACAGAGUGGAGGGAUUCCCAGAGAGAUCCUGGAUGACCUCAAGCUGACUACCAGGUUCUCAGAAUCUGAGAUCACCCAGUGGUAUGAGAACUUCCAGAAGCAGAGUCCUACAGGUCGCAUCACACUACAACAGUUUGAGGAGAUCUAUGCUAAAUUCUUCCCCGAGAGUGAUGCCAAGGCUUAUGCCCAACACGUUUUUCGGUCAUUUGACACCAAUGAUGAUGGUACAUUAGACUUUAAAGAGUACGUUGUUGCACUUCACAUGACCUCCUCGGGCAAGUCGACCUUGAAGCUGGAGUGGGUCUUCUCACUGUUUGAUGUGGACAAGAAUGGUUACGUCACAAAACCUGAAGUGACUGAACUCAGCCAGGCAAUUUUUGAUCUCAUACCAAAAGAGAAGCAGGCAAAUCUUCCCAGUGAUGAGAGCACACCAGAGAAGAGAGCAGAGAAACUCUGGGCCAUCUUUGACAAAAAGGAUAACGGUAAGAAAACUAACUUAAAAGGGAUAGACAUGAUUGACAUUUAA